CUUGCAAAAGUGUCACUGUUUUCUUGCUGUAUCUGAUCUGCUUCUUUCAUAGGAUGAUGAUGCUCACUUUCACUACCUGUUCGGAUGCUGCUACGGUUGCUGCCCGUAUGGAAGUGGAGGAGGUGGAAAGGAAGAUGAGGAGGUGCAGUGCAGAGCAGAGCUCUGCGUUGCUUGAAUUCAAGUCAUACUUCAACUUCAGCCAGCCAGGUCACUCAUAUUGCCUCCUUUAUUCGCAUUCACCGAUGGUAUCUUGGAAGGAGGGAACUGACUGCUGCUCCUUGUGGGAUGGGAUCACUUGUGAUAACGAGACCGGUCAAGUGGUUGGCAUCGACCUUAGUUGUGGUUUGCUCCAAGGGAACAUCCCUCCUAACACCACCGUCUUCCACCAUUUUCCUCAACUCCAGGAGCUCUACCUCGAUUUCAACGACUUCGGCGGCUCUCGCAUUCCCUCCUAUUUGGGUCACCUUUCUAGAUUGACUCAUCUCGAACUUCAAUAUUCUGUAUUUUCAGGAGAAAUUCCAAUGGAACUCUCUUACUUGACCCAGCUAAUGCAUCUUAAUCUUGCUAGUAAUGAUGGUUUGAGGUUCAAGAAAACUGGAUUUCAGUUGCUUGUUCAAAACCUAACUAAAAUAAGAGGACUCCGUCUUAGUUCAAUAAACAUAUCUUCAACCGUUCCCAUUUCCUUGCUUAAUCUCACUUCUUCAAACACUUUCGUACUCGAUGGGUGUGAAUUGCAUGGACAACUCCCUGACGGAGUGUUCAACCUACCAAAUUUGGAAGUAUUUGAUGUAGGAAAUAACAGUCUUCUCACCGGUAAAUUUCCAAAGUUCAUAAACUCGAGCAAUUCUCUCCGAAUAUUGGAACUUGAAUUCACAAGUUUUGCGGGGCAACUGCCUGACUCAAUUGGGAAUCUCGGAUCACUAGAGUGGUUAGAUGCGUUCCAAUGCAACAUCCAUGGAGCAAUUCCUGCGUCGCUCAGUAAUCUUACUUCAGUCACGACUAUACAACUUUCAAACAAUAAUUUAUCAGGUCCUCUUCCUUCGCAAUUAACCGGACUACCUAAUCUGCAAUUAUUAGUCUUGAAUGGUGCUCUUCCUUCGCAAUUAACCGAAUUACCCAAUUUGCAAGUUUUAGCCUUGGAUCAUAACUGUAUCACCGGUCCUUUUCCUUCACAAUUAAUCGAACUACCCAAUUUGCAAACGUUAGUCUUGGAUCAUAACUAUCUCACCGGUCCUCUUCCUUCACAAUUUACCGGACUUCCCAAUUUGCAAUCAUUAACCCUGAGUUAUAACCAUAUCACCGGUCCUCUUCCUUCACGAUUAAUCGGACUAUCCAAUUUGCAAUAUUUAUCCUUAGAUCAUAACUGUAUCACCGGUACAAUUCCACCUUGGUUAUUUGCUUUGCCGACUUUGUCUUCCCUGCAGCUAAAUCACAAUAUGCUCACGGGACACGUAAAUGAGAUAAAUUCCAGUUCUCUGAAGUUCAUAAAUCUGGAGCACAACACGCUAACUGGUACACUUGGGAGUUCAAUGUUCAAACUCGAAGUGCUUACCCAUCUGAUUAUCUCAUCAAAUAACUUUAGUGGUGACUUAAACUUCGACAUGCUCUGCAGUCAAAAUGCCCUCAGGGCUCUUGAUGUGUCAAAUAAUAACUUCAGUGGUGUGAUUCCAAAAUGUGUGGGAAACCUCACUGAAUUAGUUGUUCUUGAUUUGGGAAGCAAUAACCUUUCCGGGAUUGUCCCUGACACAUUUGUGAGACAUAAUCACUUGGAAACUAUCAAACUUAAUGGCAAUGGAUUCCAAGGACCAGUGCCGAAAUCUUUAGUCAAUUGCAGAGUCCUAGAAGUGCUAGAUCUCGGAAGAAACAACUUCUCUGAUAUGUACCCACACUGGUUGGAAAAUUUGACAAAUUUGCGAGUUCUUACCUUGAGAGCCAACAGAUUCCAUGGACCCAUUUCAAUCUCCAAGACUAAAUAUCCCUUCCCCAGCUUGCGAGUUAUGGACUUGUCAGAAAAUUGUUUCACUGGUCCACUACCAACAACAUAUUUUAGAAAUUUUACUGCUAUGAUGAACAUCAGCGAAGCCAACUAUACACUCGAAUACAUUGGCCAAAAUACUUCUGAUUAUUAUCUUGAUUCCUUGACCAUGGUUAUCAAAGGUUCAGUGCUUGAAAUGGAGAGAGUGUUGACCAUUUUCAUAGCCAUUGAUCUAUCGAGAAACAAAUUUGAAGGAGAAAUUCCAGAGAUAAUUGGAAAGCUAACUUCAGUUCGAGGGUUGAACUUAUCUCACAACAGCCUUACAGGGCGCAUACCGAAGUCUCUUGGAAAAUUGACAAAGAUUGAAUGGUUAGACCUCUCUUCCAAUAAGCUUGUCGGGGAGAUCCCGAAACAGCUAACAGCCUUAAAUUCUCUUGGAGUUCUAAACCUUUCGCAUAAUCAACUAGCUGGACGAAUACCUCAAGGACCACAAUUUGAUACAUUCUCAAACGAAUCUUAUGUUGGAAACUUGGGCUUAUGUGGACGACCGAUGUCGAAGUCAUGCAGCAAUCCUGAUGCACCCCAGCCAGCAAAAGAAAAGGAUUCACAAUCUUCAGAUGGUUUCGACUGGGGAGUCAUACUGUCAGGUUACGGGUGUGGAUUGGUACUGGGUCUCGUUAUAGGAUAUUUAAUGUUCUCUACAGGAAAACCCAGAGGGGUUAUGAGGAUGAUUGAAGGUGCAGAAAACAAAUGCAGGGAGUGGCAGAAGAAGAAAUCUCAGGGUCAGGGCCGCAAAUGCAGGAGAAAUUAUGGAAGACAUUGAUUGAGAUGAAAGCAAAAAGAGUAGAUUAAUGGAGCUUGUGGAUGCAACAGUGGCUUCAUUUUCUGAAGAUGAAAUCAAGUGCAUGAGAAUUGUUUUAUCAUUUUUAUGUUGAAUAUAAUCACAAAAUCAAAAUAUUAUAACACCAAAUCUAGAACCUUUGAUUAAUUUUUCUUCUUUUUUUUUUUUUUUUCAUUUCAAGGAGUUUAGAUUGGUGCUUAACAAUAUAUGUUUAUGUCUGUAUGUUGUUUUAUAUUUGUUUUCCUUUUUACAACUUUUUGUUGGUAGGGUGAACUGUAUGAAACAAUGAGUUAAUAUGUAAUUUCUUUUAUAAGUUUUGUCAAAGGCAUGCAUGAGCCUUUGCAUCAUGAAGAAUAGCUUCAUUAGAAUCACUUCAAUUUUUCAUAAUUAUGUAAUUUUCAAAGUACAGCAAAAAAAUACUGGAAAAAAAGAUGCCUUUGGCGUUGGGUGAAGAACAUAAAAGAACAAUA